AUGUAUCAUUUAGCACUGAGAAAGGUUAGUGGGAGCGGUGCAGGUUCUAGUGGGAGCAGUGCAGGUUCUAGUGGGAGCAGUGCAGGUUCUAGUGGGAGCAGUGCAGGUUCUAGUGGGAGCAGUGCAGGUUCUAGUGGGAGCAGUGCAGCUUCUAGUGGAAGCGGUGCAGGUUCUAGUGGGAGCAGUGCAGCUUCUAGUGGGAGCGGUGCAGGUUCUAGUGGGAGCAGUGCAGGUUCUAGUGGGAGCAGUGCAGCUUCUAGUGGGAGCGGUGCAGGUUCUAGUGGGAGCAGUGCAGCUUCUAGUGGGAGCAGUGCAGGUUCUAGUGGGAGCAGUGCAGGUUCUAGUGGGAGCAGUGCAGCUUCUAGUGGGAGCGGUGCAGGUUCUAGUGGGAGCAGUGCAGGUUCUAGUGGGAGCGGUUCUAGUGGGAGUAGUGCAGCUUCUAGUGGGAGCGGUGCAGGUUCUAGUGGGAGCAGUGCAGGUUCUAGUGGGAGCAGUGCAGGUUCUAGUGGGAGCAAUGCAGCUUCUAGUGGGAGCAGUGCAGGUUCUAGUGGGAGCAGUGCAGCUUCUAGUGGGAGCAGUGCAGGUUCUAGUGGGAGCAGUGCAAAGCAAUAG